GUGAGAACGUACGUUAAAUUUUUUCUUUUUCGUUUGCCAAUCGUCGCGUAGUAAAACUCGUUUCUCUUGUGCUAUCAUCGAGUUGUGUUUCGAAUCGAAACUUUCGAUGCACGCGAUUUUUCAUAACCAUUGCAUAUUUCUGUUUUUGUCUCAUUCGUCGAUUUUGUUUAACAAUUCAUUCACAACAUAUAGACACAUUUCGAUUAAACUGAAGAGAAUAUUGUCGUUUUGGUCGUGCAAUUAAAUUCUUUGUUUGUUUGUUUUUUUUUGGGUUCGAACGAAAGACUCGUAACCAAAGCGAGAAAUCCAAAAACAGAGAGACAAAAGGAAUUAAACAACAGAAUAUCAAGUGUGAAGAAAAAGAAGAGAAAAAAAAGCACGAGAAAGGAAUAUAUAUUCAAGGUAUAAACAAUUGGGUAUGCGUGGAACCGGUGCAUGUACUCUUUCAUUUCAUUGUCUUGUUGCUCGAGUGGAAAUGCGUUAUUACAUUUCGAUUUCGAGUGUGUUUUGUAAUUAAACUGUGUGAAACUAGUAACAAAAAAUAAUCCAUCUAAAAAAUACACGUACGAGGGGAAUGAAUAAACAAAGUUUGAAGCCUGAUCAAAUCAGCAAACCGAUCAACAACAUAAAACCAGCUAGAAUAACAAGCGAAAAUCCUGCAAACAAGUGACAAAAAUAUUCCCAGGAAAAAAAAAAACAAGCCACGAAAAUACUACACAAAACCGAAUCGAGUGACAAAAAUCCUCCAAAAUAAAAUCGAAUGACAAAAAUCCACCCGAAAAAAACAACAAGUGACAAAAAUCCAUUGAGUGCAAAAGUGAAUAACAAUAACCGAAUGGAAAUUGUGUAUGUGUCAAAACAAAAAAUUGCCCAAAAUUGAAGUGAAAGAAGAGAAAAAGAGCUAAAAGCAAAAAGUUUGUCAAGUGUUAACGGAUUUUAAGGUGAAAAUAAUUUGGAAUACAUUGUUAUUAAAGCAAACACAAGAGAACGAAAAACUCGGGGAAAAAAAGGAGGAAGAGAACGACGAAUAAAAAACGGAUUUUGAAAAUCAAUCAAAAUUAUAGCUUUUGGAUUUUCUGCUGAUUUUUCACAAUACAACAAAAUACACCAUCCAACCGGGCUCAACUAGAUAUAUUCUGUAUGCGUGUGCUUCCCUUGGUGUCAUUGUGUUGUGACGCAUUUUCAAAAAGGGUUUUCUUCAACUGUCUUUGUUGGAUUUGUUCUGAUGAUGUGCACGUUGCGCUGUGAACCAAAUCGAUGUGCAUAAUGUGGCCAGUGCGGCGUAUGGCCGCGACCACCGCCAAAACGACGAAUGCAUUAUCGUCAUCAUCGUCAUCGACGUCUCGUUUGCUGGUUGUUUAUAUAACGACAUUACUGCUGUUGCUCACAUCGUUCGUUGACAAUGCGAACGGUUAUCUGAUUGUGGUGAGCGAUACAACACCCGCUGGCGUGGUAAUUUUCAAUGCAUCCGUGUAUAAGCUGGGCUCGGAGCGAUUGUAUCGCAUCAAUACACAUAAAUCGGCACAGUUUGUGCAUCAUUUGUUUCAUGUCGAUCACAAAGAUGGUCAAAUCCGUUUAAAAAAGUCACUCCAAUGCGAUGGCAUUUUCUAUCCAAAUAUUUUCACAUUUUAUGUGGAUUCAACGACAAAUCGUUUACGUAGCAUCGACUAUUACAGUUUACCGUUGCGCAUAUUGGUGUCCGGUGAAAAUUGUAAUGAUGAUUAUCACAAUGGUACGUUGAUGUAUGGACGAAAUUUUGAAGAGGAAAAUCAUGUGCUCGACCGACGACGACGACACAUUGCAAUCGAUGCAGCCGCCGCUGCAGCCGUUGAUGAUGCAAAUGCCAUUGACCAAAAUGCAUUGACCGCCACCACCAUCACCAACACCAUUGGCAACGAAACGGAUUACAAGCACUUUAAUGACGGUGACAUACUGUUCGAUAGCGUUCUCACCAAUUUCGAACGACACAAAAUGCUGUCGCGUAAACGACGUGAACUCCAACUCAACGAUGCCAUUUACAAUAAAAUCACCGAGGCCAAACAAUGGAUUACCGAAACGUAUGCAUCAUAUGCCAUUCAUACCACCGACAAAUGGAAUAAAAUCUGCAUGAAAAAGUCACAAUACAUUAAUUCAUUGAAUGCAUUUUUGCCGCGUACGAUUUGCCAGUAUUGUAAGGUGAGCUUUUUGGAUGUGAGCGACGAACGAUUCAAAAUUGAAAUUCAGAACCGUGAUUUAGUGGCCAGCCGUGAUGUAUGCAUACCGGAACCACUGUGGAAAGUGAUUGUUACGCUGAAAGUGAAAUGCGAUCGUUCGGAUAUUAUUGAUUCGGAUCAUCGUUUGAAAAUUGUAUAUCAUCAUCAGGAAUUCAAUGACACGGACAUGGCAAAGCGUGUUAAACGUGAGCUACGUAAUCAAAGUCCAUUCUUUGAGCAAGCAUUGUAUGUUGCUUCGGUGUUGGAAGAACAACCGGCUGGUUCGACAGUGACAACGGUACGGGCUCGUGAUCCCGAAGAUUCGCCCGUUGUUUACUCAAUGGUUUCGUUGCUCGAUUCACGGUCACAAUCAAUGUUUAAGGUAGAUUCACGUACGGGUGUCAUAACCACCACAUUAUCGUUGGACCGUGAACAAAUGGACGUACAUUAUUUCCGAGUUGUGGCCACCGAUGACAGUUUUCCACCGCGAUCCGGCACAACAACACUGCAGGUCAACGUUUUGGAUUGCAAUGAUCAUGCACCAACUUUUGAGGCCGAACAAUUUGACACGAGCAUUCGGGAGAGUGCUACCGUUGGCUCAACCGUUAUAACAUUGCGAGCAACCGAUCAGGACAUUGGGAAGAAUUCUGAAAUUGAAUACUCCAUUGACACUGUUUCAGGUGGCGGUUCAACGACACCCGAACAAGAUAUAAACACAUUUAAAAUUGAUCCAAAAUCGGGCGUUAUUUCCACGAGAAGUAGUUUGGAUCGUGAAGUGGCCGAUAUUUAUUCGAUUGUUGUACAGGCCACUGAUAUGGCCACACCGCAAGAUGAACGGAAAUCGGCCACGGCAACGGUCAUUGUUAAAGUACUCGACGACAAUGACAACUAUCCACAGUUUAGCGAACGAACGUAUUCGGUGCAGGUGAGCGAAGAUAAAUGGGACGAUACGAAUAUUAUAGCACAAAUUCGAGCAACCGAUGCGGAUGAUGGCAACAAUGCGGCCAUUCGAUAUGCAAUCAUCGGUGGAAAUACACAAUCCCAAUUCGCCAUCGAUUCAAUGUCUGGCGAUGUGAGUCUGGUCAAACCAUUGGAUUAUGAAAGUGUUCGCAGCUAUCGACUCGUUAUUCGAGCACAAGACGGUGGCAGCCCAUCGAAGAGUAAUACAACACAAUUACUCGUCAAUGUACUCGAUGCAAAUGAUAACAGUCCACGGUUUUAUACGUCACAAUUUCAAGAAGCCGUUUUGGAAUCCGUUCCAGUUGGCUAUAAUAUUGUUCGUGUUCAAGCCUAUGAUGCGGAUGAAGGAGCUAAUGCCGAGAUAACGUACAGCAUUUUAGAUCGAAAAGAUUCACUGCCACUUGCUGUUGAUUCACGCACCGGAUGGAUUCAUACGGUUAAAUCAUUGGAUCGCGAAGAAAUGUCACGGUACACAUUCCAAGUGAUUGCCAGCGAUGGCGGUAUUCCACCUCGGUCAGCCAGCAGCUCAGUUGUUAUCACCAUUCAAGAUGUUAACGAUAAUGAUCCGAAUUUUAGUCCGAACUUUUAUGAAGCUUCGAUGGCCGAAGAUCAACCACCAGGCACACCCGUUGUAACCGUCACAGCAACCGAUCCGGAUGAAGACUCUCGUCUGCACUAUGAAAUCACAUCGGGAAAUACACGCGGUCGAUUUGCAAUCACCUCACAAAAUGGUCGUGGCUUAAUAACGAUAGCACAGCCAUUGGACUAUAAGCAGGAGAAGCGUUUCAUUUUGACGAUAACAGCAAGUGAUUCAGGUGGUCGUACGGAUACUGCCACGGUGAACAUCAACAUUACUGAUGCGAAUAAUUUUGCUCCUGUCUUCGAAAAUGCACCGUAUUCGACAAGUGUGUUCGAAGAUGUGCCAAUCGGAACGACGGUAUUGGUUGUAUCGGCCACCGACAGUGAUGUCGGGAUCAAUGCACAAAUCACCUACUUUUUGAAUGAAGAAUCGCUAAACAGUUUGGGUGCAAGUGAGCCAUUUGCAAUAAAUCCACAAACAGGAGCCAUAACAACGAUUGCACCGUUGGAUCGUGAAACGAUUAGUGCAUAUUUGUUGACAGUAACGGCCAAAGAUGGUGGCAAUCCAUCGUUAAGUGAUACAACCGAUGUGGAAAUUGCCGUAUCCGAUGUCAACGAUAAUGCACCGUCAUUCAAAGUGCCAUUGUAUCAAGCAUCGAUACCAGAAGAUGCAUUAAUCGGCACAUCAGUUGUUCAAAUCUCGGCCACAGAUGAUGACAUCGGCUUAAAUGGACGCGUCAAAUAUAUGCUGAGCGAAAAAGAUCGUGAUGAUGGUUCAUUUGUAAUCGAUCCAACGUCUGGAAUCAUUCGAACGAAUAAACAAUUGGAUCGCGAAACGAUUGAUGUUUAUCAUUUGCAAGCGAUAGCCGUUGACAAGGGCACACCGCCCAUGAGCAGUACGAUUGAGGUACAAGUACGUUUGGAAGAUGUUAACGAUUCACCGCCAACAUUUGAAUCGGAUCGCCUGACAUUUUAUGUGCCCGAAAAUUCGCCGGUCGGUUCAGUUGUAGGGGAAAUUCAUGCCCAUGAUCCGGAUGAGGGUGUUAAUGCAAUCGUACAGUAUUCAAUAAUUGGUGGCGAUGAUUCACAAUCAUUUUCACUUAUCACACGACCCGGAUCUGAACGUGCACAACUGUUAACUAUGACUGAAAUGGAUUAUGAAUCACCGAAAAAACGUUUCGAGCUGGUAAUUCGGGCGGCAAGUCCACCGCUUCGAAAUGAUGUAACGGUGGAAAUUUUAGUCACCGACAUCAAUGACAAUGCACCGAUCUUGAAGGAUUUCCAAAUUAUUUUCAACAAUUUCCAAGAUUGGUUCCCGAGCGGUGAAAUUGGACGUGUGCCUGCUUUUGAUGCCGACGUUAACGAUAAAUUGGUCUAUCGCAUUUUAUCGGGCAACAAUGCGAAUUUGUUGCGUUUGAAUGCAUCGACCGGUGCAUUAACGUUGAGUCCACAGCUGAAUACGAAUGUACCGAAAUAUGCGGUGAUGGAGGUAUCAGUAUCGGAUGGUAUCAACGAGGCAAAGGCAAUCAUGACGCUCAUUGUUCGUUUAAUCACCGAAGAUAUGCUUUUCAAUUCGGUCACCGUUCGCCUGGAUGAAAUGACGGAAGAGGCAUUUUUAUCACCGCUGUUGAAUUUCUUUUUGGACGGGUUGGCCGCAAUCAUUCCAUGUCCAAAAGAAAAUAUCUACUUAUUUUCAAUUCAAGAUGAUACCGAUAUCAAUUCACGCGUGUUGAAUGUCAGCUUCUCGGCUCGACGAUCCGAUGUUUCGCACGAGGAAUUCUACACAUCUCAAUAUCUACAGGAGAGAGUUUAUUUGAAUCGGGCAAUUCUCGCUCGAUUGGCAACCGUUCAAGUGCUGCCGUUCGAUGAUAAUUUAUGCGUACGUGAACCAUGUUUAAACUAUGAAGAAUGUUUGACGGUGUUGAAAUUUGGCAAUGCAUCCGGUUUUAUACACAGCGACACCGUUCUAUUCCGACCAAUUUACCCAGUGAAUACGUUCGCAUGCAAAUGUCCCGAAGGAUUUACCGGCAGCAAAGAACACUAUCUCUGCGAUACUGAAGUCGAUCUGUGCUAUUCGAACCCAUGCAAAAACAAUGGCAAUUGCAUACGACGUGAAGGUGGCUACACCUGUACGUGUACGGCUGAUUUUACGGGUGAAAAUUGUGAAACGAAAAUCGACACACUGCCACCAUGUAUGACGGAUUUCUGUGAAGGUUCCGGACGAUCGUGUCAUCAAACCAAAUUGACACCGCAUCCAUCGUACACACAAACCUGUGAACUACGAUCACGUUCAUUUUCAAAGAGCUCAUUUUUAACGUUCCCAAGUCUACGGCAACGGCAUCGAUUCAAUUUGAAAAUGAAGUUUGCUACAGUCAAUGAAAACGGGCUCCUGUUGUACAAUGGACGCUACAAUGAAUUGCACGAUUUUAUCGCAUUGGAAAUUCUCAACGGGCAUAUUUCAUUCUCGUUUUCAUUGGGUCAAGAUAUAAAAUCGGUGACGAUUGAACAAAAGCGUAAAAUAUCCGACGGUCAUUGGCAUACCGUUGAAGUGGCCUACUUCAAUCGUAGUGUUACCGUCAGUUUGGAUGAAUGUGAUACGGCGCUGUUGUUGAAUGGGGAUUUGGGUGAAAAAUGGAAUUGUGCCAACAGUACGACGUUGGUUUUAGACCGGAGAUGCUCAUUGUUAACCGAAACAUGUCAUCGAUUUUUGGAUUUAACCGGACCACUACAAAUUGGUGGACUGCCAAAGAUUCCAGCUCAUUUCCAGAUACAAAACCAUGAUUUUGUCGGAUGCAUUUCGGAUAUUUACAUCGAUCACAAGUAUGUGGAUUUGAAUUCAUAUGUGGCGGACAAUGGAACAACGACUGGAUGUUCAAAGAAAACACCAACCUGUGCAUCGGAACCUUGCUUCAAUGGUGGUACAUGUAAAGAAGGCUGGUCAACGCAUACGUGUGAAUGUCCCGAAGGUUUCACCGGUCACGCAUGUCAAGAGACAGUUCCACCAUCGUGGCGCUUCUCCGGCGAUGGACUGCUUAGUUUCAAUCCACUGCUUCGUGCCAUUCAAUUUCCUUGGCAUACGGCGCUUUCAGUGCGUACACGACAACGCAAUGCAUUCCUGUUACAAAUUCAAAUUGGUCAAAAUAGUUCGGCAAUUGUUGCGCUCAAAAACGGUAUUCUCCACUAUAUUUUCAACGGUGAACCAAUGUAUUUGGCGGGCAGUGAUUUGGCCGACGGUGAAUGGCAUCGCAUCGAAGUGAAAUGGUUGGGCACGGAAAUUUCAUUUUCCGUUGAUUAUGGUCAACGCAUCGGCGUGGUGCCAAUGUCACAGAAAAUCUCCGGCACCUAUGUGGGCAAAGUGAAUUUAGGUAGCCCAGACACUAGUUUCGGUCAUAUCGAAGAUUUUCCACAUUUCGAAGGUUGCAUACAGGAUGUACGUGUUGGUGGACCACAAUCAGCGCUAAAUCGGCCAACAGUUCGUGAGAAUGUGCGUGAUGGUUGCGAAUCGAAAGCAACGUGUGAAGAUACAUGCUUCGAUCACAGUAGCUGUGUCAGCGAUUGGGAUCGUACAAUGUGUGAAUGUGUGCCAGGCUAUGUUGGUGACGAUUGUGUACCGAUUUGUACGUUGAAUCCAUGCACGUCGGGCGUAUGCCGAGUGGAUCAAAACGAUCGCAAAGGCUAUAAAUGCGAUUGUGCUAGUACGAAUAACACGGGUGAAUAUUGUGAAAUCAAUAAAAUGCAAACGUGCCCAGGUGGAUGGUGGGGUGAAAAAGUGUGCGGACCAUGUAAAUGCAAUACAAAACAAGGUUAUCACAUGAAUUGCAAUAAAACCACCGGUCAAUGCUAUUGCAAAGAGAAUCAUUAUCAGCCGAUCAAUGAAACUGCCUGUUUUCCAUGUGAUUGUUAUGCGAUCGGUUCAUUUGGCGGUACAUGCAAUCGACUCACGGGUCAAUGUGAAUGUCGUGAAGGUGUAAUUGGUCGACGAUGUGAUUCAUGCUCCAAUCCAUAUGCUGAAGUCACACUCAAAGGAUGCGAAGUGGUGUACGAUUCAUGUCCACGUUCAUUUGCAGCGGGUGUUUGGUGGCCACGCACACCACUCGGACAAGUGGCCGUUGAAAGUUGCCCAGCACCAGCAUUUGGAAAGGGAAAACGCGUUUGUGACGGUGAUCGCGGCGGUUGGAGCCAUCCGGAUAUGUUCAACUGUACCAGCGAACAAUUUAUCGAUUUACGCAAACGAUUGUCGCAACUCGAAAAACACGAAUUGGAAUUGAAUUCAUUUAUUUCGGUGAAAAUUGCGGCCGCACUUCAACAAGCCACCGAUAUCGUUGGGAAUAUAGACGGCAUUAAUGCAGCGAAUAAAAACAGUGAUUCCAAAUCGAAAAUAACACCAAUCAACAAGGAUGCCGUAUGGCUGGACGAAUACGAAAUGGAAUAUUUAACCGACGAAGUGAAAUUCGUACACGAUCGAUUGUAUGGCGCUGAUUUACUCGUUACCGAAGGCUUACUGCAUGAAAUCAUCAUCUAUGAGCUGAUGCAAAACGGAUUGAAUCUAUCGCACAGUCAAGAUAAGUAUUUCAUACGGAAUUUGGUGGAAAGUGCAAGUGUAAUUCUCGAUGAACGAUACGAAAACGAAUGGAAACGAUUGACUCAGUUAACGCAACGUAAACCUGGUGAUUUAGUUGAUGCGUUCAAUAAAUAUAUGACGAUUUUAGCACGUUCACAACAUGACACUUACACCAAUCCAUUCGAAAUUGUCCACAAUAAUUUGGUACUCGGACUGGAUAUUGUGACGAGUGAAUCGCUGUUUGGCUAUCAACCGCAACAAUUAUCGGAAUAUUUCAAAGAGAAAUCCACACAUCAUCAUACUAGCCACCAAUUUACAACGGAAAGUGUCAUUUUACCCGAUACCAGCUCAUUUUUGCAACACAAUCCAAAGCAAAAGCCAAUGAUUUCAUUCCCAAAGUAUAACAAUUACAUGCAAAACAAGCGGAAAUUUGAUCAUCACACAAAGUUUAUGGUUCCAUUGGAUAUGCUGGGCAUCACAACACCGGAGGAUAGCAACGAUUUAAUGCACACGAGCAAUUCACAAAUGAACGAUAAACACCGGGCCAUCGUUAGCUAUGCACAAUACAAAGACAUGGGCACAUUGUAUGACAGUGCAUUCGAUGAAACAAUCACACGACGAUGGGGUGUUGAUGUGAAAAUUGCGACGCCAAUUUUAUCGCUGACCAUUUUAGUGCCGAGCACAUUUGAACCCUCGAAAUCGAAUGGCAUCAUCAAUAUGGGCAUCAUGAAUUCGAAUAUGAAAAUGAAUAUGAAUUCGAAAAUCGUUCUCGGUCGUGAUAUUGACACCAAUCACUUUAUGGAUCGUGAUGAAGAGCUACAGAAAGUACAACGCUUCUCGAAUUUCACCACCUUUACACCCACCGUCACGACUUCGACAAAGGAAUCAAACGAUCAAUUGAUCAAUAUUUCGGUGCAUGACGUCGAUGAAAACAACAAUGAGCAUGGAAUUUUGAAGAAUGGAGCGGAAAUUGUGAUCAAAAACCCAACGGUUGAUGGUUUUGUAGAAGAGGUGCCACCGACAAAGAAAUCCUUUGAACCAAAUACAAACCUGGAGAAUGAGGCGACUUAUUCGGAAAAGCGGCUCGUUAAACGUGGCAUCGCCGAUGAUGGCGAAGAAGAUCAACAGUUAGUCUAUCGAAGUCUUGGAUCACCGCAUCUAUCACAACCAAUCAAAUUGCAAAUGUGGCUGAAUAUGGAUCGCAGUAUGUUUGGACCACGAUCAAAUCCACAGUGUGUACGAUGGAACAGUUUUACCAGCUCAUGGACACGAUUGGGAUGCCAGACACAGACACCAAACUAUGAAGCCGAAUUCAUGAUAAUGGACGGGCCAAUCAUUAUAAAUUGCUCGUGCACCCACAUUUCCAACUAUGCCGUACUAAUUGACGUCAUCGACCCUAGUGACAUUCCCGAACCAUCGUUACUCAUUCAAAUUACUACAUUGUCCGCAUUUCUGAUUUCAUUACCCAUUUUGUUUGUGGUUCUCGUUGCGCUCGCAUUGUUGCGUGGCCUACAGACCAAUUCAAAUACAAUCCAUCAAAAUCUCGUACUAUGCGUCUUCUUUGCCGAAAUGCUCUUCUUUGUGGGCUUCCAAUCACGACGCAAUCUCAUCGAUACGGAAUUCUCGUGUAAAAUCAUUGCCAUUUGCUUGCACUACGCUUGGUUGGCUGCAUUCGCUUGGACCACAGUGGAUUGCGUUCAUUUGUAUCGUAUGCUCACCGAAAUGAGAGACGUUAACCAUGGACCGAUGGGUUUCUACUUUUCCAUUGGAUACGGAGCACCGGCCAUCGUUGUUGGACUGUCGGUCGGUGUUAGGGCACACGAAUACGGGAAUAACUUAUUUUGCUGGUUAUCCGUAUAUGAGUCGGUUGUAUGGUGGCUGGUUGGUCCAAUAGCCGGAAUGUCUGUGGUUAAUCUCAUGAUACUGUUUGUAUCGGUGAAGGCAGCAUUCACGCUGAAAGAUCAUGUGCUUGGUUUUGGCAAUUUGAGAACCCUCUUAUGGUUAUCGGUUGUAUCGUUGCCGUUGAUGGGAAUAAUGUGGGUGUUGGCCGUUUUGGCAGCAUCUGAAAACUCACAACUACUAACAAUGCUGCUAUCCGGUGCGGUCGUAUUCCAUGCAUUCUUCUGUCUAAUUGGCUACUGUAUCAUCAACAAGCGUGUGCGUGAAAAUUUGAAUCAUACAUUUUUGCGAUGCCUGGGUCGUAAAGUGCCAUUGCUCGAUUCAUCGCAAGCGGUGAGUGUGAGCUCACAGAAUGCAGCAUCGAAUCCCAGAUCGCCCGGUGGAUUUGGCGGUGGUUCAUAUGAAACCAGUCGUAAACAUAUUGGGAUCAGUGCGUCGAGUACAACGUCAAAGAGUACAAAUACGAAUAAAACCAGCUCCAGCCCAUAUCGGAGUGAGGGACAGAUUAGGCACACAUCAACAUCAACAUCGAAUUACAAUAGCGACGGGCAAUCGUACAUGAGAGGCUAUAAUGGGAACAGCAGCAAACGACGACAUCGUGACGAUCGACAUGGACGUCGAUCGCGCAAAGAAUCGGAUUCUGGCUCUGAAACGGACGGCCGAAGCUUAGAAUUGGCGUCAAGUCAUUCAAGCGACGAAGAGGAAUCAAGAGUGGGACAGAGUGGCAUUGCAUCCACAUCACAUUGCAACAUUGGCGUUUCGGCCGCUUCAUCAUACUUGCCAAAUAUUACGGAACACGUUCAGGCAACAACACCUCCCGAGUUGAAUGUGGUGCAGAGUCCACAAUUGUUUCCAAGUGUUCGACCGGUAUUUGCAUCACGUUGGUCGAGCCAAGCGCCAGAGUCAUUUUUGCCAAAUCCAAAUGUUGUAGGUCGAUGGUCACAAGAGACGGGCUCAGAUAAUGAGGUCAUUCAUCCGCAUUCAACGAGUUCACCGAAUCCAUUGCCAUUGCCACAUCCGGAUCUAACUGAUACGAGCUACUUGAAUCGACAAGCGCACAAUCAAAUGGGCGUUCCAUCACCAUCGAUCCUCGAAAAUAUGCACGAAAACUAUAACAUACGAACGAAUCCAGCGCAAAUGAUCUACGACAACGAUCGCUACAAGUACGAACUCGAGCAUGAUAAUUUGUAUGGCCAAAAUAAAGACUAUCAAGCCAAUUACAGUGGUGGUGGUAGCAUUGUUGGCAUUGCUGACACGGCAUACAAUUUAAAUAGCAACUAUCAUCCAAAGUCAUCCGAUACACGAUAUACAGCCGCUGCAGCGGGAGUUCUAAGCGAUUCCGAAUAUCCGAACAAUCAAAUCAUCAAUCAAAUGAUUCCACAGCACACAAAUCAUUUCCUGUACGAUAAACAAAGAUCACCAUACAUGGGCUCAAAGACUGAACUGCCAUAUAUGUCAAAGGAUCGGCUGUCGAAUAACAUGUACAGCCCAACACCACGCGAAAGUCACUACGGACUGAAAUCACCCGGUUUGUACAGCGGCGCCGAAUCCGUGCAUAGCGUUCAUUCAAUGCUGAAAAAUGAUUAUCAGCAACGUACCACGGACUAUCAUUCAGACCGAAUGUCUGAAACAUCCGACAAAAAUGGCUAUCAUUUUCCCUACACUGCCGAAGAGGACCAUCUGACCAUGAUGUCACGCAAUCAAGCAAUAUCAUCGAAUGAUAUAAACUAUCCAUCAGUGUUGUCGACCAAUAAGUUGUCAUCGCGGCAAAGUUCACGAACAUCAUCGCCGCCGGGUGUGACUGGCAUUCAGCCACUUGCACCACUCACCAGCAUCACAGACACAAGCGAGAGGAAAGGCUAUAUUGAUGAUGACGAGACAACGGUAUAAAUCAUUCGAAUCACGGCCGAAUGGCCCCAAUAAGACUGCCGCAUGAUGACUCUCAUUUAGCCGAAUAGUCAAAACGAAAUCGAAUACAAUUUCUGUCUUCAUUUUAUUUUCAUUGAUAUUGAACAAAUGCUCUCAAUCCAAUUAGGUUGAAAACGCCGACGUUGCUUUCUUUCUCAUCGAAGUAUUUAUUUUAGGGAAGAAAAAAAAAAAACGAAAGAAAAAUUGUAAAAAUGAGCUUUUAACACUCCAGAAUAGUGACAAUUCGAUUACACAUUUUAUUGAAAGUGAAAGAAAUGAGUGAAGGAACAAACAAAGUGAAUCAAAGAAGGAAACAAUAUUUGUGUCAUAUUUCAUUUGCAUCGUUGCCGUAUAUUCCAUUUGGAACAAUUCGAACAUUGAAUUUUUCUUUCCAUUGAAACAAUUUUUAAACUGAAAAGCAAACAUUUGAGAAAUGAAAAAGGAUUCUAAAUUUCAAUUUGAUCACUAUUUCAGUUCCGGAAAUUCCGAAAAUGAAUUUUCAAUAGUGUUCAACAACAAUUUGACUGCCGAACGAAGCAAAUGCUCCGGCAAUUCAUCAAUUUUAGUUGAUAAACAUGAACCCGGCAUUUUUAGUAAGUUAAGUUUGAAGCGAUUAAAAUUUUUUUUUUUCGAAGCGAUUCGCACGAAAUAGCAUUCCAAAACGAGUAUUUAUGUGUAAAUAAGACAUUAGAUUUUUUUAGCCUAAUUUUUAAGAUGGAUCGAAUCAUGCCAUGAAUAUUUUAUUUCAUUCUCAAAUUAAAAAAAAAACAUUCGUUUUAGUUUCAAACUGGAGAUUCCAAUUCUUUUCAAUUUCGUCGAUCAAUGGCCAAAGUGUUGGCCAUUUAUUAUCGAAAGAGACAAAGGAAAAUCAUGACAAAAACACAAAAAGGAGUGCCUCAACGUUUUGUUGAAAUAUAUUUAGUAAUUUUUGGUUGAGAGCGCUACGAAUUCUCUCUGUGAGAAUUUCGAAGCAGAAACAAAAUCUAUCACCUCAAAUUUAUGUUAGAACAACUAAAUUCAAUUUUUAUUGAAUAGUAAUCGAGAUUGUAGGGAAAUUUGAAUGCAUCUCAGCGGCAGAGCAGGCAGCAGCAGCAACACACACCACUCUGUCACACACAUACAUACACUUUUAGUUUCAUUUUAUAACAAAUUUUAUGUGAUUUUUAUUUGUAAAUUAUUCGCUUUAAUCUUUUGUUUUAACUCUUUUGUUGUACAUUUUCUCUGCAGCAUUUCGUGUUUUAUUUUAUUUAAUUUUUUUUAUUGAAGAAUAAAACAACGGAAUAACAUAGACGUUUUUCAUUGCAUUUAGACAUAUUCAGUGUAUUUGAAUGACAUUUAGGACAACACGACACACGAAAUCAUUGUGUCGGACCCAUAUAAUUUUUAAAUAAAUUUAGAUUUUAAUUAUAUUAUACUAAUUCAAUAAAGAAAUGAUAAUUUAUUUCCAAAUGGUGUAAACUA